GUUCAUUUUUGCAAUUGUUGUUUGCGCGUAAAAUUGAGAGCGUGGUGUUGUUCUUUUCUUGUUUUCUUGGAACGUUCCAGGAAUCCAUGGAUUUGAAAAACUAAGAAGAUUUAGACAAUUACCAGUUCGCAUUCAUUUGUAUAUACAUUUUCCUCUAGUGAUUUCAAGUAUUGGGACAAGACGCUACACGAGAUACAACGGAACGGGCAACCAGCAUGGUGCUCUUGGACGAUGACAAUUCUGUUUGGGCGGAAAGUUACCCAAACUUCCUUCGGUUAGCUGCGGCCACAAAAGCUUCACUUAAAGUUCCGCUAAAAAGGAUGAAGCCUAAAGAAAAUAUGCCACCAAGAUUCAAUGUUAAAGGGAUGUCUGUAGCAGUGCGUGUUUUGGGGCACGAGAUCCGCCAUGUUACUUACAAAACAACUGGAAAAGAUUUGGCGGACUUACGUAAUUCUUGUCCAGAUAUAUUGAAGAAAAUAGGCCAGGCAGCAAAAGAUAGAAAAAUCCCAUUUGCGAAAUUUACUGUUCCUUUGUUUGAUUUUCCUCAGAGGAAUCUGCAUGAAUUUGAUUUCAAUGGACACUCAGUUGUUUCAAAAUGGGAGCCUUUCUGUGCCCAAAACUUGCCGAAUGUGGAGACUGAUCCGGAUCCAGACCUAUGUAGUUGCGGGCUUGAUCAGUGGGGUUCUGAGUGGAAAAGUCAAACGAUAAAAGAAACGAUAAAAGAAACUGAAAUGCAAAGGAUUGCUGCCCUGCUUUCAUCGUCAAGUUUUAAUGAUGAUUCAAGUGAAAUGGCUUCUAGUAACAAGGAUUCUUGGAAACUGUUUAUGAAGUCAAAAAUGUAUCAUGUAUGGAGACGAAAAGCAGAUUCUGAUGGAAAAUAUGAGUACAAAAUUCAAGGUACAUUUGAUGAUGUCUGUGCAAAGGCCUUUUAUCAAACACAGAUUGACAACCAGUAUAGAUGUUCAUGGGAUUCAUAUGCAUUGGCAAUUGAUGUUGUGUUGAAAGAUCCACUUAGUGAGUCUGAAAUUGUGCGUUGGACAACAAAGUGCCCGUAUCCAAUGAAAAGCAGAGAGUACCUAUUUUUAAGAAACUCAAAGGUUUAUAAAGAUGAAAAUGUUGCUGUUGUCCUUUCAAGGUCAACAGAACAUCCUGACUAUCCAGAAACAGAUGAUUUUGUUAGAGUUUGUGCUUAUGAGUCAAAAAUGGCAAUUAAACCAUUUACAAAGUUUGAUCAGAAUGGAAUGGAAUUUGUACUUAUUUAUUCAGAUGACCCUCAAACUGCCCUACCUUCCUAUAUACUAGAUAUGAUCACAAGUUCAGGCAUUUCAGAAAUGAUGUCAAAGCUUCAUAAAGCUGCCAAAGAAAUAAAAGAAAAUGAGAUAUGCGAACCUUAAAUAUUUUGUAUUCUCGGGUCCAUUUUGGAAUCAUUUUAGAGCCAUGGUCAAACUUUGGUUUUUAUACUUUUCAGUAGUUUGACAAUCUGAACUUGACAAUAAUUUUUCGAAAUAAA